AUGUUCAAACUAUUCAGCGGCAGCGAACCAGCCCAACCUGCUCGCGUCCCCACGGACACGGUCAUCCCGCUGAAUGCCGCGGACGACACGGAAGUGCUACGCAGUGUGUGCGUGGUGCUGUCCUACCGGUUCGACGACGUGCUGGACCCGGAGAAGCUUCGGUCGUCUUUCGAGAGACUGCUCGACCGACCUGGAUGGCGCAAGAUCGGAGCACGGCUGCGCUUGAAUAAAAUCGGGCGCCUCGAAUACCACAUCCCGGAGUACUACGACGCCAAACGCCCCAUCGUGAACUACUCGCACGACUCCUACGAAACCUCCAUCCUCGAGCACCCCUUGGCCUCACGCCUCCCCCGACCGACCGCUAAGCCCGCCGUCGUGGCCGAUCCCACCGAAUUCGACUCCUUAACCACCAGCGCGGACGCCCCCAAGACCCUGCACGACUACCUGACGCGCGACGUGCCGCAGCUGAGCCUGCACAUUGCCUCGUUCAGGGAUUCCACCCUCAUCUCCAUCUCGCUGCCGCACACCCUCACCGAUGGCACCGGCGGGGCGCAGAUCUACCGCUCGUGGGCGCUCGUCCUGCAGGGCCGCGAGGAAGAGGUCCCCGCAUUCCACGGCUACGCCCACGACCCGCUGGCGAGCUUCGGCACCGACCCGCAGUCCGCAACCAGAUACAUGUACGCGGAAAAGCAGCUCACGGGGUGGCGCAAGUACCUCUUCAUCGCGCACCAGCUGUACGACGGCUGGCGGUACCGCACGGGGUCGCGCAUCGUCUGCAUCCCCGGCGCGUACCUGGCCAACCUGCGUCAGCGCGCCAUCACCGAGAUCCGGGCCUCGACCGGAGACGACACGGCUUUCGUGAGCGACAACGACGUUCUCACCGCAUGGUUCACGCGCCUGACGCUGACAGCCCUCUACCCGCGCACCUCCACGCGCACCAUGCGCAUCAUGAACGCCUUCACCCUCUCCACCGUGCUGGGCGACUCCCACCUCCCCGCCUCGAAGGCCUUCAUCUCCAACGCAGCCACAGAGAUCUACACGUUUCUACAAGUCAAAGACUUCUUCACCCGGCCCCUCAGCUACGCCGCGCACGCCAUCCGCCGGUCCAUGGCCACCGGCGGCACGCGGGAACAAGUCGAAGCCCUACAGUGCAUCAAGCGGCAGACCUUCGCCACCGAAGGCCACAGCUGGCCGAUCUUCGGGGACGCGUCCAUGGAGAUGAUGAGCUACUCCAACUGGACCAAGGGCAAAUACUUCGAGACGGAUUUCUCGGCGGCGAUCGUGCGCGAGGGUCUGCCGGCGGCGCAGCGCGCGGAGAGGCCCGGGUUCGCCUCGAUGGUGCAGUUCAACGCGUGGUCGACCAAGUUCGAUCUCCGGAACCUCAUGCCCAUCAUGGGGAAGGAUGCCGCCGGGAAUUAUUGGUUGCAGGGGCCGUUGCGUGAGGUGGUGUGGCGGGGGAUCGAGCGGGAGUUGGCGGAGAUGUGUUGA